CCGCUCAAUGUACUCGUUACGUUCGAGGGGAAUAUCGCAAAUAAAACAUUCUCCCACUCGAUGCGUUUUCGCGAUUAACAAGUUGGCAAGGUUAGAAACAAUGGGACCUGUUACUUACACCUAACCGACCGAGUGGAGUGUGGGAACGACUCGGUGAUAUUACGUUUAAGUGUAGGACGACUCAUCGGGAAUAAACUGUACACGUAGUCCGUGACAAAGCGAACGGACGGUUGGCUGACUACAAAAUCAUACCGCGAAAGAACCGAGUGCAUGUCACUUGCACCAGUCACCCACGAGAAAGGGACGGAACAAGUGUCGAGGAAAUAUGGCGGCGCAUUGGAACGUGCCACAGUGAUGCAGCGUACGCGUAGCGAAAUUCUCUACUUCGACUGACCAAAGAGACAGUGGCCUCGCUCGCUAAACAUCCGUCUGGCCAAAUGACAUGGGAAUUUGUAAUCGAAGGCACUUUCUGCUGACAAUAUGCAUCUUACAACUUAUCACUACUGUAGAGCGCCAAGUUUUCGAUUUUCUGGGCUUUAUGUGGGCCCCGAUACUGGUCAACUUCUUCAACAUUAUAUUUGUAAUCCUAGGGUUUUUUGGGGCCUUUCAAUAUAGACCUAAAUAUAUCAUAUCGUACUGUGUAUGGAACACACUGUGGUUGGGAUGGAACAUUUUUAUGAUAUGCUUUUACCUGAAUGUGGGUAUAUUGGACAAAAAUAGUGAUAUUUUAAACCUUGGUACUGGUAGCUUUUCAUGGUGGCACGUCAAUGGACCAGGCUGUAAAGCUAUCUAUGAUGUUACCGAGCCAGAAUUGUUCAGACCAGCAAGACCCGCGAAUGUAACAGACUGUGUUCUGGACUAUGAAGUAGUUGAAAUUUUACAUGCAUCUACACAGUGCAUCUUAGGUUUUAUUGCAAUUGUGGGUGGUAUUUGUCUAAGUAAAGUUUUUCUGGAGGAAGAUGAUAGUUUUGACUUUGUGGGAGGUGAUGACUUUGGGUUGGCAGGCCACACGCCGUUGCAUCCUAUGUACGUUAGCUACUCGGCUCUUCCAUCACCUGCCCACCCUCAAAAAAAUUCCGCUCAAAAUUACCCCGCAGGCACAGCUAGCUCUCAUCAAUCAGUUUGUCACGAUAACAACAGCUUCUCAAAGAAUACCGACAAAUUGUUCAAUAGCUCGGUACGAAGUAAGAACAGUUUCAAAAACGACACGAUAAGAACGAAUCGAAGCAACCAGUCGAAUCGCGAUCUGAAGCAGGUUGAUUAUCCGAACGAUUAUUCGAAUCCUCUGGACCAUUUGCAAAGACCGGUAUCCCCGUACGACGAGUACGAUUCGUUGGACAGUGCUGCUAAAUUGAGAUAUCAAAAGAGCAAAAUGUAUUAUCCUCAGUCGUCGUCAUCGUCUAGGUACAGUCCGGUCGCAUCGCCGCGGAUCAAAUCACGGCCUGGUGCUAAGCAAAGCAAAGCCUCGAACAAGCCCAGGGUGUUCACCGAUCAUGUCCGCGAACAACCGUUGAGAUCGUUUUACUCGGAUCCCAGAUUGGCAAACGAGAAUCAACAGAACACGAACGAACAAGAGAUACAGAACAGGGCUAAACGUGAUAGUAGACCUCUAUCCUUGUACGCCAGUAAUUUUUAAACGUAUACUGUGUCCCCCUUAUUUCCUUUGCGUAGGACUUUUGUAUACGACAUUUCUUUCAUUAUUUUCUAGUGAAAACAUGAAAAAAGAAAAAAAAAAAAACGAAUUAUACAUACGACUGAGAAUUGGUUACACCUGCGUACUUAACAAGUGUAACGUUUAAUUCCUAUACUUGCCAAAUAGAUAGAACAAUUAGAGUAGCUAGCAUAGGGUGCCUACAAAUGAUUUCGACCCACUUUUUUCUUUAUUCUUGUAACAUCACACACGCGAUAAUGCCUAUUCGUUUGCCUAUUUGUUUUAAUUAGAAAGCGUUGACUGACGGUGGAUCGAAUUGUGUGUUCAUUAGCACUAUUAAUUAAUUUUCUUUUGCUUUCGUGUUCAUAUUGAUAUACACUUUUCGAUGUUAGAGAUGAUCGAGCAUAUUAUUAUUAUAUAGAAAUGUUCAUUUUAAAUGUUAGAUUACAUACAUGAUCCACUGUGAUACGUAUAGAAAUAUGGAUCAUGUUUGUUUAAUGAAACUAAUUGAAGGUUUUUAAUAUACAAAAAUAGCAUGAAUAAAAUAAUUGUUAUUUGUGAACGUAGAAAAACGUCGUAGAGUGUCGUACAAUUUUACAACUAUUUUAUGUCGAUUUCUUUGGUCUGGCUUACAAAAUGUCACUUGAUAUCAUUUUUUUUUUUACGCUAUUAUCUUUUUUUUUUUAAUUAUCGAUGGUAAGAAAAAGAAAAAUUCGUAAGGUGCUGCGAGAACUUUGGAUUUUAAGAGUCUGAGCAUUCGGUAGUGCAUGCUAGUACUUGUUUCUAUUUUUUUUUUUCUGUGUAAGUUUAAGGUUUAUUUUACACCCCUCUUCGAGCAACGAAUAUACGCGUGCAAUUGAAAGACCGUAAGAUUUCUCUAGGAUUUUUGUUAACUUUCGACAUUCCACGUGACGAAAAUGAGAAAUCUGAAGUGACGAUAAUUGAAUUAAUUAAACGAGUAGUCGUUUGUUUCUUGAUAGACUGCAUACAUUAGUGAUUAUAGAUGAAUGGCUAACGAAAUUAGAAGUAAAAAAGUUAAUCGAGUGUGAUGAGUAAAAUAUGUUAAAAUCAAUCAGCCAUAACUUGAAGAAGAGUUAAUUAACAAGUUGACUUCCACGAGAAUCCCAAGCUUCGAAUCUAAUAUAAUCGAAUACUGAAAAUUGAAGAAAAUUUUUAAUAACAAAAUUGGAUUAAAUUGAAAAAUGAGGUUCUUAUAAUUUUUGUUAAAGUACGUCGUGGCAGUCAGAGCGUUAAUUAAGUAGCCAACAAUGCGUACGAUGAUUGAUCGAUGAAUAUUUCAUACGAUCCAAUAAUAGUCAAUAAUUACAGUAUGCAACGCAAGCUGAAACAGGCUUCGAAUUUCUCAAAGCUACGGUAAUCAAUCGAAACUGUUGAUUGUUUAAUGUUUUACAAUGUGAAAUGACGUCAUUGGUAUUAUAAAAGAAUUACCAAUAGAAUAGAUCCUUAUAUUAUUGGACAUUUUUUCAUCACACUUGAUUGUACCAUCUAUUGUUAGCCUUGUUCGCGACUUACGACACAGAACCUGUGCAUUAUUUAAGAUAUUUUUCUAUUAUCUUUUCAUUUUGCGUUAAGUAGUCUUAAUCAACACAUUAUUACUUAUUAGAUAACCUGGUGAAAUAUUUGUUGCAAUAUUUGUUUAGGAUAUGUCACGGUUCGUUACUUAUUACAUUAGGUUGUUGCAUAUCAAACGAAAUAUAUUCUAACGAAACUUCAUGACAUAAAAGUAUUCUAAAAUUACACAUACGAUACACCAUUUUAAAGCUUGAAGUUUAGAGAAAAUAAUUAUAUAAAUGUUUCAUGAAUAUUUUUAAUACAAAAUGAUUGGUUGCCAGUCAAAGCAAACAACGACAGAUUUCGAAAGAUAAAAGUUCAGCUAUAAAUUCAUGACAUAAAAGUAUUAUAAAAUAACACUUAUUAUACAUCAUUUUAAAGCUUGAAGUUUAGAGAAAAUAACUAUAUAAAUGUUUCAUGAAUAUUUUUAAUACAAAAUGAUUGGUUGCCAGUCAAAGCAAACAACGACAGAUUUCGAAAGAUAAAAGUUCAGAUAUAAAUUCAUGACAUAAAAGUAUUAUAAAAUAACACUUAUUAUACGUCAAAUUAAAGCUUAAAGUUUCAAGAAAAUGACUGCAUAAACUAUCGAUUAGUAUUCCUAACGCAAAAUGGUUGAUUUCCGGUUACAGUACCGAAUGGACCAAAGAUCCUUUCCAAAUUUCAUUUACGGUUAGAAUAUUCCACAAGGAUCACUGAUAAUUUUCUAUAAAAUUUAAUUAUUUAUCAAAAUUCUAAUUUUCUGAGUCACUUCAUUUGCAACAACCUGGUACUUGACUUGAUAGAAUCGCGAAGGUUUGCUCACUUGAACGACCACGUUUAUUAUUGUACAUAAAUGUAGUUGCGUUCGUGCGUGUGUUUCACGUGAUUUAUUUAUAAAAAAAGAAAAAAAAGAGAGAAACGAACGUAGUUUCAUUGUAUUCACCGUAGAGGAUUUAAUCGGAGGAAACACUUAGCAAUUACGCGUUCAAUCAACGAGUCACUUCAGAUUCGUCCGAAUGUGUAUGUAGUACAAUCCUCUCCCUUUUUCUUUAAUUUUUUUUUUUUUUAAGUCUCGUUCGAGCUUGUACAGUAGUGUAGUUCGUUAAGGGCGCGUAGACCUUAGUUUUAUAUAUUUAUUUUUACUGUAUCGUAUGAUUUACCUUGGUGCAGUUCAUUGGCGACAAUAAACGUGCAAUGCCUACUA